AUGGUCGAAAAGGAAGAUGAUCCGUUCGUGAACAAGAGGCUAGAAUAUGCCAAUGCCACACUGAAGAAAGACUUGCUCGAGGCGCGCGGUACCCGAGCUUGGAAGGAGCGAACACCUAGUACCGUCAACCGGACUAGGUAUGAGCACAAUCGAAGAUUAGAAUGUCGUAAGACGACAGAAAAUGGAUCGAGGCUGAGGAUAGUGCGCUUUGGAUUCCGCCAUCCAAUUUAUCCUCCACAUACGCCUGAAAUGGAUACGCUUGGCCUCAGCAAGGAUGCUUAUCAGACCAUCAUAGCAGACAUUGAUAACUUCCAUUCGCACGUGCAGCUCAAUACGAAAUGUCCAGGGUCGUACAUGGUGGCAUCAGUGAACACGGUGCGGAAGAUGGGCACUAAUGAUGCUUUGAUGAAAGUUCGCGAAUACCUCCGCCAGCUGAAUGCAUCGCAGCGGUGUAUCGUGUGGACUAUUGAGAAGAUUCCAGCAGUCUACGACAAAGGCUUCGGACGGAACCGCACGGAAUGGGAGAUCAGUGCUUGGAACGCGGAGGAUCCACUAGAGCUGCUCAUACAGCUGGAAAAGUGGGGAAUCAUAGAGUCCCGGUUGAAUCUUGAUGAUGAAGAAUAA